UUCAGCGGCUUCUGUCUAAAUUCAAAAUGGAGGACGAUUCCCCUGUUAUUUAUGGACUAGAGUUGAACGCUCGGGCUCUGGUCCCCCAGCAUGCGGAAACAGACAUUAUAAGGUUCAUUGUUGGAACUCAGUCACUUAAAUAUGAAAAUCAGAUCCAUCUGAUAGACUUUGAUGAUGAAAGCAAUGUUAUCAAUAAAAAUGUGUUUAUGCAUUCUGUUGGAGAAAUAUGGUCAAUGAACACUAGUCCAACAGAUAAGACUCUCUUGGCAACUUGUUACAAUGAAGUGUCUGAGUCAAAAGCUGAAAUACAUGGUGCUCUAUGGAGGAUUCCCCCAGUAGAUGACACAGAGCCCCCUGGUUUAGACUCACCUGGAAUCUCCCCUGGCAGUGGGUAUUCUCGAUCAUUACAACUUAUCUGCAAUUUUGACAACAAACAUGAGAAUAUGAGAAGUGUGUUGUGGAAUCCAUCUGGUGAUGGAAGCCAAGUUGUAACUGUUUGUGAACAACAUCUAGACCUGUGGGAUCUGGACAGAAGUGCAUCAACUGCAGAGUCAAUUGACUCUGCUCUGUUGGAGGGUAAAGGUCAACCCAAGUUCACAACAGGGCGAUGGAACCCUCACCACAGUGGUUCUCAGAUUGCCACUGCAAAUGAUACAACUAUUAAAGGUUGGGAUGUGAGGACAAUGAGGCCUGUUUACACAAUUGAGAGUGCACAUAACCAGUUAGUGCGUGACUUGGACUUUAAUCCAAACAAACAAUACAUACUUGUCAGUUGUGGUGAUGAUUGCAAAAUGCGGUUCUGGGACACAAGGAACACUACUGACCCUCUGAUGGUAUUACAAGAUCAUUCACACUGGGUGUGGAGUGUGCGGUUUAAUCAUUUCCAUGAUCAACUUUUACUGACAUCAAGCAGUGACAGCAGGGUUAUCCUAAACAACAUUGUGUCUUUGUCAUCGGAGCCAUUUGGUCAUCUGGAUGAGGAAGAUGAAGACGAAGGUUUACAAGACAAGGGAUCCAGAGAGCCGGUAAAAGAUGGAGUCAUAGCAACAUUUGAUGAACACGAGGAUAGCGUGUAUGCUGUGGAGUGGUCAACCGCUGACCCUUGGGUGUUUGCAUCACUGUCAUAUGAUGGACGUUUGGUCAUAAACAGAGUUCCAAGAGCAGAAAAGUACAAGAUCCUUUUGUAGAACGUGUCAUAAUCAAGGAAUGUUGAGAAACCCCUUAACACAGUUAUCUGGCAUAGAUGGCAGCGAGGAACUUUUAGUGGGGGAGAAAGGGAUGACGGGAAAGAGGAAGAGGAGCAGUCAGGAAUGGUUGGACAUCAAGAGUUAUAUAUAAUUGGAAAGAGAAACUUAAGAGUUUGCGAACGAAAAAGAAGUGAGGUGCUUUGGUCUUAUUUCCAUGGAAAGUACAAGGCGUUGACUUUAUUUGCAUUGAGCAUAAUCGUAUCCGUCAAUCGACAUCGCUGCUGGUACGUUAAUGGAACAUGCGUAAAUUAUCCUUUGAGAGUGAUUCAAGGUCAACUGUUAAAGUCUAAGGUCGCUGAGAAAGGUAUCGCGUUCUUUAACUUAGGCAGUUACUGUCUGAAUAUUUUACUGUGUGGUGAUGGCGUGAUACCGUCUUGAGUCAAACUUAUACCAUUUAUCUCGGAGGACCGGAGAGAAACAAACAGAGUAUCUAGGCGUAAAAAUAAAUACCGCGGCAACGUUCUUAAAGAAUUUAUUUUGCGAUCAGGAAUUCCAACAAUGUCCGAGUUUACGGUCAGGAAGUUUGGAUCGUCACCUCACCUGCCUCGAGAGGAGGAGGAGGGCCAGGGCGGGGCAGUAUAUACGAAGGGCUCCUCUGGUAACUUAUCUCUCAGACCCCAGUUGAUUAAAUUUGUGAAAAGGCACUUAAUAGUAAAAAAGACAACAGUGAAAUCUGUCAAAUGUUUAAUGAAUAUACGUUUCAAACAGUGCCGUGCAAAAAUGAUGACUUUUAUCAGAAUGUAGCUAGUUUCCUUGAUCAUUUGCCGUCCCACUGAACUCUGCAACUCGCCCGUUUUCAGCUGUUUUCUCUAUGGUCUGCUUUUCCCCAUCUUCGAGAGAAAAAAGUGUAAUCCUCAGAAUUUGUUAAACCGCUAAAUCAUGAUCCAGUAUUACCAGUUAAAUGUCUCUGUUCUUAGGAUUUUGAGAAAAAAAAUGUCACUUACAAUUAAAAGGGUGUAGAUGUCUUAUUCUUGCAUGUAAAACACGAAAUAUAAAAGAAAUACCUCAAUUAUUUCAACUGUGGAAUAAAGACUUUAU